GGGAGGUCUGUGAGGUUGAUAGGUCGACGUAUAAAGGAACGGGUGUUGGCGGAUGCUCACAUACACUUCAAGGCAUUGGACACAGAAGGAUUACAGAAGAAACCACUGCAGAGAAUUGUCCAAGAGCCUGAGGACCAAAUACUGUCACACUUCACAGUACAGAAAUGUCAAAGAUCUUCAAGAAGACCAGCGGCAACGGCUCGCUUGCCCUCUACCUGGGGAGGAGAGACUUUGUGGACCACGUGGACAGCGUUGAUGAUGUUGAUGGAGUGCUCAAAGUGGACCCUGCUGAUCUUAAUGGCAGGAAAGUGUUUGUGUCACUGGCCUUGGCCUUCCGCUAUGGUAGCGAUGACCUGGAUGUGAUUGGCCUGUCCUUCCGGAAAGACAUCUGGGUAAAGCGUUUCCAGAUAUACCCUCCUCCUGGGGACAGCAAGCCAGCCAACACCCCCAUGCAGGAUGCCCUCCUGAAGAAAUGUGGAGACCAAGGACACACCUUCACCUUUAAGAUUCCAGUCAACCUGCCAUGCUCAGUGACCCUACAGCCUGCACCUGGGGAUACUGGCAAGUCGUGUGGUGUUGAUUUGGAAGUAAAGGGGUACAUUGCCAAUGAUGCCGACAACCCUGAUGAGAAAAUUGAGAAGAAGGACACUUGUCGUCUGAUCAUUCGUAAGAUCCAGUUUGCCCCAGAUAAAACUGGAGCAGGACCCAAGGCUGAUAUCAGCAAACAGUUCAUGAUGACUGACAAACCAGUCCACCUGGAGGCCUCCAUUGCUAAGGAGCUAUAUUACCAUGGAGAGGCAAUCCCAAUCAAAAUUAAAAUCAACAAUGAAACCAGCAAAGUAGUGAAGAAAAUUAAAGUCACAGUUGACCAGACAACAGAUGUGGUGCUUUACUCAGCUGACAAAUACACCAAAACUAUUCUGUCUGAGGAGUUUGGGGAGACAGUAAAUGCCAAUGCCACAUUUGAGAAGGAGCUCAGUGUGACCCCCCUGCUGGUCAACAACUCAGAGAAACGUGGCCUGGCAGUGGACGGCAGGCUAAAGGACGAGGACACCAACCUGGCCUCAUCUACGCUGCUUCACUCUGGCAUGGACAAGGAAGUGCAGGGAAUCCUGGUGUCGUACAAAAUCAAGAUCAACCUCAUGGUGUCCAGAGGAGGCAUCUUGGGAGACCUAACAGCCAGUGAUGUUGGAGUAGAACUCCCAUUGAUACUGAUGUCCCCCAAACCUGCUGGUGACAAAGUGGAAUAAAAGCCCAUGUAGGGCAGCUCGGCUAUUAAUCUUGAGUAGACUCUCCAUCAGAGGAUGAAGAAGGACAUGAAGGAACACAAGCCUAUGAUGGACUACAGACUCUGACACGCACUGAGAAAAGAAAGAAGAAUACCCUGACCCCCAAAAAAACUAAUAAAACUAAUCCCAGUCGAGAGUGAAACAUAGCAGAGCCUGACAGAAACACAUUUCAGUGUUCAAUACAACAGUGUUCUUCCUUAGAUUUGUUUGUGUAUCUUUUUGUUUAGGGCAUAAUGUUACUGGCAUGUCCCAUCACUAUCAGAUUAAAAAAAACAGUCCCCCCUGAUUUAAACACUCCUAUAUUACACCAUGCAUGCAGGCCCUUUGUCUCAAUAAAUUAAAAUAGAAUUGUUGUAUUAUUUCUAUUUUUGCCUUUAAUAAAGUAACAUUAUCUCAA